CGGAUGUUGAGGAAGUGGUGAGUGGCAUGAGUAUGAGCCGCAGUUGAAUCAGGACCGUGAGAAAACAGAUUAAUGCCGCUCUGCCAUGGACGCGAUCGGCGUGUCGCACACGGAUCCGCUCGAUGACUAUGAACUGAUACAACGCAUCGGCAGCGGGACAUAUGGAGAUGUGUUCAAGGCCCGUAGCAUCAAGACUUCAGUCAUUGCAGCUAUCAAAGUAGUCAAACUGGACCCUGGUGAUGAUAUAUCAAGCAUUCAACAUGAGAUAACCAUGAUGAAGGACUGCACUCAUAGAAACAUUGUCGCCUAUUUCGGCAGCUACCUCAGAAAUAACAAGUUAUGGAUCUGCAUGGAAUUCUGUGGAGGAGGAUCUUUGCAGGACAUUUAUCAUGUCACUGGCCCUCUAAAAGAGAGACAGAUAGCCUAUGUGUGCAGAGAGACACUUCAGGGACUGCAUCAUCUCCAUCAGGCAGGAAAAAUGCAUAGAGACAUAAAAGGUGCCAACAUACUUGUGGCAGAGCGGGGAGAUGUCAAACUAGCGGAUUUUGGAGUGGCAGCGGAGAUCAAUGCAUCUGUUGCCAAGAGAAAGUCUUUCAUUGGAACGCCAUACUGGAUGGCACCAGAGGUUGCAGCAGUGGAAAGGAAGGGGGGUUAUAACCAGCUGUGUGAUAUCUGGGCAGUGGGCAUCACAGCCAUUGAACUAGCAGAGCUGCAACCACCAAUGUUUGAUCUGCACCCAAUGAGAGCUUUGAUGCUGAUGUCAAAGAGCAGUUUCCAGCCUCCCAAACUGAAGGACAAGAACAAAUGGUCCACAGAGUUCCACAAUUUCAUCAAAAUGGCGCUCACAAAGAACCCUCGCAAGAGGCCAACGGCAGAAAAACUCUUACAGCAUGCUUUUGUAACACAGCUCCUCACACGUAACCUGGUUAUAGAGCUGCUGGAUACAGUCAACAACCCGGAUCUGCAGCAGACACUCACUAUGGAUGAGAGCGACCUGGAGACGUGCAGUGUGCUACCUGAUAAGAUUCAUUCUCUUGCCAAGCACCUGCCUGUUCAGAGAACGCUGUCUGAAGAGCAAUUUAAUCAUGUGAAGUUUGGACCACCCAUGAGAAAAGAGACAGAUCCCUGUCCUGAUCUGGGAGCCUAUGAUGACUGGAGCUCUGUUGGUAGGGACAAGGACUCUCCGAGUUUGCUAGAGUGUGUGGAAGAGGCUUUGAUGGAGAGGAGUUUGACUAUAAAGAGAGGAUCAUCGACUGAGCAUUCACCUGAUGAAGAGAAUAAAUACGGCACUGUGAAGAAAGUCCCUGCUCCACAAUCGAAUGCCCACUGCACUGCCAAUCAAGAGAGAAAUGAUCCCACUCCCUGUUCCUGCUCCUCGCCUCUCAUUGGCUCCACCCCUCUAAAAGACUCUGCCUUGCUCAGUGAAUCAGCUCUGCUCAUUGGUUCAACUCUCUCUGACCUGCCCCUCUUCACAAACUCUUCCCUCUUCACAGACUCCUCGUUCCUCAGUCGUUCCACCAGUCUGGGUUCCCUUUGCUCAACACCAACUGAUGGUUUGAUACUAGCGGGCUCUGUUGCUCCAGAUCCAGGAGGAAACAGGAAUAAUUUCCCCCCACUCGAGCGACCACUCUCACCAGAAUGGAGCACUCUCAGGAGAAAAAACGAAGACUCAAAAGCCGUUGUUCACGGACUGCCACCGACACCUCAAGUGCAUAUGGGGGCCUGCUUUUCCAAAGUAUUCAAUGGUUGUCCAUUAAAGACUCAUUGUGCCGCUACAUGGGUUUUACCAAAGACCAGAGAUCAGUACCUUAUGCUUGGUGCUGAGGAGGGCAUCUACACCCUAAACCUUAAUGAGCUCCAUGAGGACACAAUGGAGAAGUUGCUUCCUCAGAGAUGCACUUGGUUGUAUGUGAUGAACAAUGUCCUUAUGUCCAUCUCAGGAAAAUCUUCACAGCUGACAUCUCAUAGUUUGCCGGCACUUUUUGAGUAUCGCAGAAAUAUGCAGCGUAGACAGGGCCAUCUCGCAAUAAACGCACACCGUUUGAGCACAAAGAUAAACUCAAGGAAGUAUGCCAUGUCAGUGAAGAUCCCAGACACCAAGGGCUGUAGAAGAUGCACUGUAGUACGAAACCCAUACACUGACAGCGUGUUCCUGUGUGCCGUUGUGCCCACUGGAUUGGUUCUUCUCAUGUGGUAUGAGCCUCUGCAGAAGUUCUUGCAGCUCAAGCACAUUGCUCUGAUUCUGCCCGAGUCUCUGCCCAUCUUUGAGCUGCUUGUACAGGAAACAGAGGAGCUGCCUCAGGUCUGUGUGGGGGUGAGAAGUCCUCCUGGUCACAGAGACCCCACUGGACAGAUGCAAUUUGACAUCAUCCACCUGGAUGACACGCCACUCAGUCUGCCAGAUGGCGAGUCUCUGAAGGUCAAGCAGGUGACUCAACUGGACAGGGACACAGUUCUCAUCACACUGGAAAACACCGUAAAGGUUGUGAAUCUACAGGGAUGUCCGAGCCAUCAGAAGACCUCUGAACUUACUUUUGAUUUUUCCAUUCAGACACUUGUGUGUCUGCAAGACAGUGUUCUUGCCUUCUGGAAACAUGGUCUGAAAGGAAGGAGCCUACAAACUAAUGAGGUUACCCAGGAGAUCACAGACAGAAGUCAAGUUUUUCAGGUUUUGGGAACAACGAGGGACAUAAUCUUGCAAAGUACUCCUACGGAUGACCCAUCUGCCAUGAGCAACCUGUAUGUCCUUACAGGACAUGAAAGCAGCUACUGAAGAGACACUGGGAAGGUUCAGCGAUAGCUGGAAACACUACAGAGAAUUAUAUUCCUCCCUUCACCACUAAAAGGGGAGAGUUAGUCAGGCCUAAUAAGCUCAGAGAACGGAGGACGACAUGAUGGAGGCACAUGCUGUUCACGCAGUGCUCUGGAGGGCUCCUGGCCGUUCAGGACAGGAAGGAGAAAGGGGCCAGAAGUUUGUUUGGAGGUGCAGGGAUGCGGAGACUGAGGAUCAACUGUGCUCCAUGAGAGAAAGAGACCAAACAUAGACCUAAAUGAGAUUUGUAAGAAAUAAUUCAUAAAAAAAAUCUCACCCUCAUGUUGUUUCAAACACGUAUGACUUUCUUUUGUGGAUCGCAAAAGGAGAUUUUAGGCAAAAUAUUAGCCGUAGUCAACAUUUACUUUCAGUGCAUGAAAAAAAGAUGAAAGUCAGUUCUGCAUAACAUCUUAUUUUGUGUUUCAUGGGAGGGAGAAAGUUAUUUGGAACAACAUGAGGGUGAGUAAAUGAAUUGUAAUUUGUUUUGUGAACUGUACCUUUAAUUUGGUUUGUUGUGGAGCAAGCAGUGUAUGAUCAUUGACCAAAGAGUGGGAUGUUUUACACAAGUCUGUUGUAUUUCACCUUAAGUUUACUGUAACAGAUAAAGGACAGGCAAGGAGGAGGCGGGAACCAGCUGAACAUUAAACAUAAAGUUUAAUAAGAAACUCAAUGUAAAACAAACAUAAACAGACACACAUGCAGCACGGCCACGCCCUCCUCAUCGUCACACUCCUCCCCUGCCCCAUUCAGGCCGGGGCACCACUGGUCUGACCAACUCUGCAUCCCCCCCAUCUCUGGAGGGGAGACGCUGCCUUUCCAGCCGUUCUGUCAGCCAGUGGUCCACCCCGCCUCCUGUGAACCUGGGGGAGAGACGAGGGAAGGCGUGGGGAGAGGGAAAGGGCGAGCGGAGACACACACAUAGAGAGAGAGAGAGAGGAGAGCGAGAGAAGAACUUGCUCGCCGGCUCCCGGACGCACUGUCGCCCGGUCCUCAACCGCUCGUUCUUCGGCGGGUGGCAGCGGUUCCUCCGGCUCUCGGUGGCCAGCAGCGACCACUCCGUCCCCAGGCAGAUGGCCGCAGCUGCUCCCCUGGUGGAUAGCAGUGGCGAGGACUCCACGACAGCGUAUCCCUCCUCCCUCCUGGGUAACAGGCAAGGAGGAGGCGGGAACCACCUGAACAGUCAACAUAAAGUUUAAUAAGAAACUCAACAUAAAACAAACAUAAACACAGACACACAUGCUGCACGGCUGUGUGCGUCUCUCUCUCAAACUGCCGCCUCCAGCUCACCUUUAUCUCCCUCUCCCGCUGAUCAGCUGAUUCAGAGCCGACCAUGCAUCAUCACGACCUAGCCACGUCCUCCUCCUCGUCACAUUUACAGUGUUUUGAUGCUGUGUUUAAGAAUUAUCUUUCUUUCGCCAGUAAAUCGGAAUUGAUAGAUUUCAGUAAAACUAAUAAGACCAGUGAUGAACUUUGGGGAAAACAAGAAUGGAGUACUGUAUAACCCACAAGAACCCAAAACUGUACAAAAAAUUAAAUAAAUGUUAAUGGCAAGAAUAAAUAAAAGGAUUAAUGCUAGUUUUUGUUGCUUUAACCCUACUCUAGUCUUAAAAAAACUGCGUCCUCCUUUUGUCUUUCUGUUCAAAAAAUGUUCCAUUCAAAAUAUAAAAAAUAUUGAAAAUGGCACAAAAAAGACCCCCUUUUACGGAAAUCUGUUUUACUGUCAUCCCAAACUGUAUAAUGAAGGGGGUGUGUGUGUGUGUGUGUGUG